CAAGAUGGUAGCCUCCUGGAGUCAAAGAGCCACAUGUUUGUACGGGUGUCCGACUGAAUAAAACAUUUUUUGCAAGAUCUCUUGCAGAGUUUGCCGUCAUCGUCCCCUAAAGUAGCUUUUUUUGUUUUAAAUUUUCGAACACAUGAAGACCAAAUCGUCAGCUCAUAAGAAUGAGAACACGCAUCGGUUCCUCACCUUUUCAGAACGUUUAAGCAAUGUAAACAUUGACAUUAUACAUCGCAUUGAUAGAACAGGAAGCUAUGCUGAGGAGGUUGAGACCUAUUUUCAUGAAGGACUUGAGAAAUGGAGAGAGCUGAAUCUGACAUGGCAUUUUGUGACAUUCUACAGACAGGUUGUCAACAAAUGCCAGUCUUUCAAUCAAAUAGUAUACUAUCAGAAUACAAUUGUAAAAAGCUUGAAAAACCACCUGCAAGUGAAAAACAGUCUUGCAUUUCAACCCCUUUUGGAUUUGGUGGUACAGCUGGCCCGUGAUCUUCAGACAGAUUUUUAUCCACAUUUUCAAGAUUUUUUUCUCUGCAUUACAAGUCUGUUAGAAACUCAGGACACAGAGUUGCUAGAAUGGGCCUUUUCAUCACUUUCCUAUCUUUACAAAUAUUUAUGGAGGCUGAUGGUGAAGGACAUGAACAACAUUUAUGGAUUGUACAGUACCCUUCUGGCUCAUCGCAAACAACACAUCAGAAACUUUGCAGCAGAAAGCUUCACCUUCCUGAUGAGGAAGGUUUCUGACAAAAAUGCCCUUUUAAACCUUAUGUUCCUUGAUCUGGGAGAGCAUCCAGAGAAAGUGGAAGGUGUGGGACAAUUAAUUUUUGAGAUGUGCAAAGGGGUUAGAAACAUGUUCCACUCCUGUGCAGAAAAGGCUAUACCAUUAAUUUUGAAGAAGAUGGGACCAGUUACAGAAACAGAGGUUAUACUCCCCUGGGUUUCCAUUGGAGAAGUUUGCAAACAUAUGGCACAAUCAGCUGCUAGAUUCAUCUAUAGGGAACAUUUUGAUAUAUUUUUCAAAUGUUUGCAGGAAUCAGUGUUUACGUUGCAAGAAAAGGUAACCAAGGAGAACUGUUGUGAAGCUUCUGAACAAAUGGAAAGAUUAUUGCAGGUCUACUUAAUCAUAGGAGAGUAUGCACAUGGCUCAAAAAUUUCACAACCUGAAGAAGUUUGUAAGACAUUAACAAAAAUAAUAGAUACAUCUGAACUCACAGUGCCUUGUUGUGAUUCCCUGCUUAAAGUUAUUUCUGUUUUGCUUCUUCAUGAGAAUGUCUUAUUGUCUGAUUCUUUGGUGAAAGAAACUGUUGAAAAGGUCUUCAGAAGUGGAUUUGAAUGGUAUUCUGUUUUGAAUUUUUCUAAAGCGAUGUUUCUGAUGAAACAAUUUGAAAAGCAAUUCCUUCCCAGCCUCCUUGAAUAUAUUGAGCACUGUAUCUAUAGCGAUGAUGCUAUGAAGCAGCAAGUGGCCUUAGCAGUUCUCUCUAGACUUAUCCUAAAGAAAGCAGAACCUCCCUCUGUUGGAUCAAUGGCAUAUGAGAAGUAUCCUCUUGUUUUUGCAGAAUCAGCUAAAGGGAUGAGUAGAAGAUAUUUGAGAAGUAAGAAGAUGGGAGAAAAAGAAGAGAAGACUGUGCUUGAUCAUAUUCUGUCUUGCAUCAGAUUCCCCACAAGUAGAAACACAGCUGAUAUUUCACAAUCCUGGGCAGCCCUUGUAGUUCUUCCGCAUAUAAGGCCACUUGUGAAAGAAAAAAUCACACCAAUGUUUACAAGGUUCUUUGAGAGUCUCUUUGCUGCCCUUGAUAAAGGACAGUUCUGCAAAGGAAACUUGUUUGUGGCUUGUCAAGCUGUGAGUACGCUUCUUAGUUUAGUGGAAUCUUUGGAAAUUUUAGAAAUGUUACCAGUGGAACGCAUAAAGACUUUAUUGAUGACAUUUCCUUCAGAACUGUCUGCCUUACUAUUGGCUGAUCUCUAUUUUACAAGAUUAGCAUUGUGUGAUUAUCAUGAACACUUAUCUAAAGAGACUCUGAUGGAAUUAUUUUCUAAAUUGCAAUUCAAUAUUUCUUCCAGUGUACCUAAAGUGCGACUGCUAACCAUAAGGAUUUUAAGUCAUUUUGAUGACCUGCUUUCAACAGGAACUAAGGAUGUGGGGUCAUUUGGUAUGUUGCUUCAAGCUGAACUUGUGCCAGCAAAUAUCAAUGAUUAUCGUGAGAAGCUGCUCUACCUGAGUAAGCUGAGACAUGAUUUGGUGUGCUCCAGGAUCCCUGAGGGAGCUUUGCAGGAGGUGCCUCUUCGGUAUUUACUGGGAAUGCUUUAUAUCAACUUUAGUCCACUGUGGGAACCUGUGAUUGAGCUUAUAAGGUCCCAUGCAGAUGAAAUGGAAAACAAACUAUUCUGGAAAGUUUAUUAUGAACAUUUGGAAAAGGCUGUAUCUUUUGCUGAAAAAGAGCUACGUAAUGAGUUAGAAGAAGAAUCAAAAAAUGUUACGGAUGUUGGAAGUGAGGAAAUCUAUCAGCAUCAUGUCAGAGCUUUGUAUGAUGAGCAAUUGAAAUGUCAGACAUGCUGUUAUGAGAGAACGGAUCAUACAAACUUUAGGUUUCUCCUUUGGAAAGCAAUGUCAAGAUUUGCAUACAGAGUGGAAUCCAGGUCAAGAGAACUUUCUCCACUUCUACUAAGAUUUAUUAACAUUGAGUAUUAUCCUGCUGAUUCACAAAUAGCCCCAGUGCAAGAUCUUAGAAAGAAAAGCAGUUGUAGUGAGGAUGUAAAAGAUCUUCCAGAGAAAAUGGAUCUUCAAGACACAACUGAGGAUGAGUCAUAUGAUUUUGAAGAAGAGAAGCAAACUUCUGAAGGCCAAAUGACUGAAGAGAUGCCAAAAAAGAAAACCAGAAGAGCUGCAACCAAGCAGCUUAUCAGUCACUUACAAGUUUUCACUCAGUUUUCAAAUCCCCGUGCUUUGUAUUUAGAACCCAAAUUGAAUGACAUAUAUGUCCAGCUGCUGACCCACCAAGACCAAAAUGUGCAAAAAGUAGCUCUUGACUGUAUCAUGACUUACAAGCAUCCACAUCUUCUGCCCUAUAAAGAGAAUUUAUAUCGGCUAUUGGAAGACAAGAGUUUUAAAGAAGAAAUAGUUCAUUUCAGUAUUUCUGAAGAAAACAGUAUAGUAAAACCACAGCACCGACCAGAACUUAUUCCAGUUUUGAUGAGAAUUCUAUAUGGACGGAUGAAAAACAAAACUGGAAGCAAAACACAAGGGAAAUCAGCAGCAGGGACCCGUAUGGCUAUAGUUUUGAGAUUCCUGGCAGGCUCUUUGUCUGAAGAAAUAAGGGUGUUUUUGGAUCUGCUCUUUGAACCUGUGAGACAUUUCAAUAACGGACAUUGCCACUCUGCAGUGCUUCAAGCUGUGCAAGAUUUGGAUUUAUCUCAAGUCCUACCAUUAGGCCGUCAGCAUAGCCUUUUCAACAGCUUGGAAGUAGUACUAAAAAACCUGGGACAUCUAAUCAGCCAGAACCUGCCUGAGAUUUUACAGAUUUUGCUUUGCAUGACAGCAACAGUAUCACACAUUCUUCAGCAAAGAGAAAAGAUUCAACUCAGAUUUAUCAACCAGCUGAAAAACUUAAGGCGCCUUGGACUUAAGCUUAUAGCAGACUUUUUCUCUGACUUUGAAAUGUACAGCUUCAGUGGAGAAGAGAUUGAUGCUGUGUUCUGUGCAGUGGUGUGGCCCCAGAUCACUAGGCUGGCUUCAGAGAGCCAAUAUUCUCCUACUCCUUUACUCAAAAUUAUUCACAUUUGGAGCAAAAACCCCAGGUAUUUCGUUUUGCUGGCUAAGCAGAAUCCAGGGCAUCCAGAAUAUGACAUAUUAACAAAUGUAUCUGCUGUGCUCUCAGCCAAGGCUCUGGGAGAGGGAACAGCUGGUAUUGUGAUGGAUGUGAUUGACAGCCUUCUCAAUAUUCCUGACUUUGAACCUAAUGACCAAUGUAGCAGUUUGACAGUGACUGGCUGCAUCUUUUUUGAAGUUGAAGAAAUAGCGGGAGAUAUUCCUAGUAUGGGGACGAGACUAGUUCUCCCCCAUGUCCCUUCAGUUCUUCAGUAUCUCAACAAAACUAUGAUCAGUGUAGACAGGAUAAAGAAAAAAAAGUACAACGCACAACUCAGCAAAGAACUCAACAUUCUUUCAAAGAUUAGCAAGUUUAUAAAGGAUAAGAACCAGAGUUCUGUUCUGAUUGGCCUCCUGCUCCCUUUCCUUCAGCAGACCAACAUUACUCAGGACACAGAGAUUGACAUUUUGGAGACAGUACAAAAUCUACUGAAACAUUGCUUAACUCCAGCAAGCUUCCUUAAACCUCUAGCAAAACUGUUCUCUGUUAUUCAGAACAAGCUGUCUCGUCAAGCACUUUGUGGGGUUUUUGAGACAUUAUCACAUUUGGAAAGUAAUAUAAAAUAUAUCACAGAAACUGUCAAGCUGAAUGCUUUCAGUCUGCACCACCUUGAUGAGAUCAACUUUGAUGUCCGUUUGUCAGCAUUCCAGGACAUCAUUUCUCAUAUCAAAGGGAUGAACAAAAUAGAUGUCAACUAUCUCAUCCCGGUAAUGCAUAACUGUUUCUACACUAUACAGCUAGAGGAAAUGGCUUUAAGUGAUAAUGCUGUCCUCUGCCUGACUGCCAUUAUUCAAAGAUUUUCUGAACUUGAGCAUACAGAGGAUGAAUUCAAGGAAAUUAUUCAGCACACACUUCUGGAUUCUUUGAGAAAAGGACUAAAGAGCAAGAUUGAGUGCAUUCAGCAGGAUUACACAUCAUUGCUAUCAAACUUGAUUCGAGCAUUUUCAGAACAUCCAGAGUUUCAUGACUUGGUCCAGCUGACUGAUUAUCAUGAUCCAGAGAUGGACUUCUUUGAAAAUAUGAAGCAUAUUCAGAUUCACAGGAGGGCACGAGCUCUGAUGAAACUAGCUAAGCAGUUAGUGGAAGGCAAAACCACCCUGAGUUCCAAACCUCUUCAAAAUUAUAUUAUGCCUUAUGCAACCACUACCAUUUUCAAUGAGAAAAUGCUUAAGUAUGAAAACAUGAUAACUGCAUCAGUUGAGAUGGUGGGUGCUGUCUGCAGACAUCUUUCUUGGUCAGCUUACCUCUACCAUUUGAAACAUUUCAUCCACGUACUGCAGACUGGACAGAUCAAUCAAAAACUAGGUGUCAGUGUGCUAGUAAUGGUGCUGGAGGCUUUUCAUUUUGACCAUGAAACUCUCGAAAAGCAGCUUUCAAUUAUUGAAAAGGAAGAUGCUGUGGAUAUCAAUCCUGAAGUAGAGAAUGAAGCCAUGGAGGUGGAACUCAGUGGUGGAGAAGAAGAAAGCCAAAAGACCAGCAAAGAGCAGUCUUGUACCAAUGAAGAGAAAGUAUAUGCUGAAUCUAGAUCUGAUCAGCCUGCUAAUGAAGAAGAUGAGGAUUUCAAGAAAGUUACAAAACCACCCUCAUUCCUGCCCAGGAAUAAGGAAGAGUUGGAGUGUCUGAUUAAACAUAUUCAGCAGACAGUGACUGGCAAUAUAUUGCCCAAAUUGCACAGGUGUCUGAUUGCAAAGGUGAAAAGAGAUGAACAGCAUAAGAUGGUGAAAUCCAAGAUUGUCAACGAUGAAGAGGUAGUACAAGUGCCAAUAGCUUUUGCAAUGGUCAAGCUAAUGCAGUCCCUUCCUCAGGAUGUUAUGGAGGAGAAUUUGCCAGGCAUUCUUCUGAAAGUCUGCUCUCUUCUGAGGAAUAGAGCACAGGAAAUCCGGGACGUUGCACGUAACACCUUGAUGAAAAUAAUAGAGGCUUUGGGGCCACAAUACUUGCAAUAUGUCUUGAAAGAGAUGGUGUCAAUCCUUGUCACUGGUUACCAGGUCCAUGUGUUAACUUUCACUGUACACCUCUUGCUGAAGAGUCUUGCCAAUGAUCGACUUAAAGUUGGUGAUUUGGAUCCAUGCAUAGAACUGUUGACGGAAGUCUUUAACUUAACUCUUGCAAGGAGAAAAUGUUAUGUUGGUAUUAACUAUAUCCCUGUUAAUUGUUUUCAUUCUAGUUAUGAAUAUGAGACGGGAAGAGAGUCUGCUUUGGAAAUGAUUGCUUAUCUCUUUGAAAUGUUCCCUCAGGGCUUAUUGCAUGAGUUUUGUGGCCUAUUCUUCGUCCCAUUAUGUAUGAUGAUAGUAAACGAUAGCUCAGCAAAGUGCAAGAGGAUGGCGGCACUGGCGAUCAAAAAUCUCCUCAUCAAAAUUAGUCCUGCAAACCGAGACCUGAUGUUUUCCCUGGUUGCUUCGUGGUUUACAAGUAAAAAGAGUGUACAUAAGAGAUUAGCUGCUCAAGCCUGUGGAGCAUUUGUUGAAGCUGAAAAAAUUGAAUUUGAGAAAAGGCUUGGAACUAUUCUCCCUAUUAUUGAGAGAGAAAUUCAUCCCUCAAAUUUUGAAGAAGUUAAAGAAGAGACUGAAGAAAAGCUGGCAGACAGAUUGCUCUUCAGCUUCCUAACUUUGCUUGUUAAACUAAUGAAUGAGUGCAACAUUAUUCAAUUAAACAAACACCAUGAGAUUCUGAUCAACAUUUGGGGUCAUGUCCAGUCCCAUUUAUGGUACCCACACAGCUGGGUAUGGCUGACUUCUGCUCAGAUUUUUGGCCUGCUAUUUGCUUCUCACAAGCCAGAAGAACUUGUUAAUAAAUGGAAUAAAAGAACAACAGGAAAGAAACAAGUGACACUUGAGCCGUCAGCAACAAUUUUCUUAAUAGAGGAACUUAGUGAAAAGAUGAAAACAUUAGCUUUAGCUUUCUGCCAUCAGCUGAAAUCCAAAUUUCUCAGUUACAGUCUUGGAGAACAGGUUAUAAAGAAUUUACUGUUUGUAUCCAAAGUACUGUACCUUCUGGCUCCUACUCCAGAAGAUGACAAAGAGAUUGGUGAGGAUGUAGUCUGGGAAACUGAAGAUCAGGGUGACUUAGGAAGCGAAGAUGAGAAAGAGACUUCGGCUAUGGAAGCAAAAGAAAAGAGCAGUCCAGCCAGUUUGUUGUGGGUGAUGAAGAAACUCCUAGUCAUGGCAACAAGAGAAGCUGCUUAUUCACCCAAAGAUUCUUUAAAGAGAAGCUGUAUCUUUAAGUUUCUUGGUGCUAUUGCAGUUGACCUUGGGAAAGAGAAGGUAAAACCAUAUCUUCCAACAAUCAUAGCCCCUUUAUAUAGAGAACUGAGUAGCACGUAUGCAGAACAAGAUCCAACUCUAAAGAAUCUUUCCCAAGAAAUCAUAGAACUACUGAAAAAAUUAGUUGGAUUGGAGGACUUUUCGCUUUCAUUUGCUUUUGUGCAAAAACAAGCCAGCCAGAGGAGAGCUAAACGAAAGAAGCAGAGAGCCCUACAGGCUGUUGCUAAUCCUGAGAUUGCUGCCAAGAGGAAGUUAAAGAGGCAUAAGAACAAAAUUGAAGCAAAGAAGAGAAAAAUAGAAUUUCUACGGCCUGGUUACAAAGCCAAAAAACAAAGAAGCCAUGCAUUAAAAGAUUUGGCAAUGGUUGAGUAAAACUCUUUUAUCACAUAACUUUUUAGAAAAAAGCAUUUAAUCUUUUCAUGUUUGCUUAAGACAGAAGGCGGAAAAUGUUUUAUGUGAUUUUAACAAAAUAAGAACAAUAGAUUCAACAGCUUUUAUCAACUGACUAUUUGUAUUUCUAUGGUUUAAAAGGCAGUAUAUACAGAGGCUUAACUAUCACAUCAUCACCUUUUAAGGUUUGAGAUUGUUUCAGGAAACCAUACUUUUGUUUUCAGAAAGAUACACCUACAGGGCUUACUAAAUAUUUAUUUAUAAUUUCUAUUCCUUGUAAAUCCUGUUCAACUGGUAGUAAUAUUGAGAAAUCUGUAAAAUCUUCAAUCAUUUCAGUGAGAAGGCUUGUGAUUAAGAAUGGGGAGGUCUCAGCCUUUUUAGUUAUCCAGAGAUUAUUGUACAUUAAUGUACAGCUUGUGAUAUGUGUGUUUUUAUUACAUGAUUAAAACAUUUUAUUCAUAACUGUGUGCUAAAGUUAUUUUGGUACAUUUACUUUGUAGCAUUAAGAGUUUAUUAUUUUUCCACUGCAGGUGCCACUGGUAUUAAGUUGAAAACAAGUUCCUUUUUGCUUUAGUAUGAUCUAUGAACUUGGCUUUUCAUUUUAAACUGAACUAUUAACACACUUUAUAAAAAAGCUUUAUAAAAUUUUAGGACAUUUUACUUUUCUUCUAAUAACACUGUUGACUCUAUGAAAGAUGCUUCUAUUCCUGUAUGUUUCAGUAUAAUGAAGGGGGAUACUUGAUAGUUUCUCUCAAAAAUGCUCUCUCAUCUAGUUUCUCUCAAAAAUGCUAGAGAGCCAUUCUCAUAUCUC